AGCCUGCAAGCCCCUUCUCCGCCUUCAUUCCCCAAACACCAAAACCCGGCUCCGCGUCUCCGCCGAAGCGGGAGGCGGGCGGGGGCAGGCACCUGUUCGCGCUGCGCGAAAUUACACUCCCCCUCCCUCUCUUUUCUCACUCCGAUUCCCCACUCGCGAUGGCCGCGCCUCGACCCCCGCCGCUGGGGGCCCUGGGAGGCGUUGUCGGUGGCAGCGGUGGCGCCGCCCCCGCCGCCGGGGCGCCCGCCGGAGUCAGCAUGCGGAUGUUCCACGGCGAGUCGUUCCUUGGCGAGAUGGAGGUCUUCCCGAUGAAGCGGGACGGCGAGGGGGGCCUCCCUUUCCCGACCAACGAGAUCCGCGUCAGCCACUUCUCGCCGGCGAGCGAGAGGUGCCCGCCUCUCGCUAUCCUGCAGACCAUCGCGCCCUUCUCCGUACGGUGCAAGUUGCAGACCAAGCUUACGCCUCCCAACCCGGGCCUCCAGCGCUUGUAUCUCACUUGUUUCAACGAGUUCAAGAGUGCUGUGGUAGUAGUUGGGGAUGAGGAGCUGCACCUGGUGGCAAUGCCGACCAAAUCAGGGAAGGUGCCAUGCUUUUGGUGCUGCUCAGCACGCUCGGGGCUCUAUGCAGCGUCCGUUGGCAUGCUCAACUUGCGCUGUCUUGCCAUUGUGUUUGAUCUUGAUGAGACCCUUAUUGUUGCUAACACAAUGAAGUCCUUCGAGGAUCGGAUCGAGAUGCUCUCCCGCAGAAUGGAUGUCGAAGAUGAUCCUAUCAGAAUAGCAGGGAUGUCUGCAGAAAUCAAACGAUAUAUUGAGGACAAAGAGCUUCUCAAAGAAUUCAUUGACAUGGAUACAGUUACGGACAAUGGCAAAAUAGUUGGAACCCAGAAAGAGGAGGUUCAACCUAUGUCUGGUGGUCAGGAGCGUGUUUUCCGUCCAGUUAUCAGACUGCCUGACAGGAAUGCAAUUUUGACUCGCAUCAAUCCAGAGAAUCGUGAUACCAGUGUUUUUGUAAAGCUAAGACCUGCUUGGGAAGAAUUGAGGAGUUACCUAACUGCAAAGGGACGAAAAAGAUUUGAGGUUUAUGUAUGUACAAUGGCUGAGAGAGAUUAUGCUCUUGAAAUGUGGAGACUUCUUGAUCCAGAAGGCAACUUAAUAAGUCCACAACAGCUCUCAGAACGCGUAAAUUGUGUAAAGUCAGGUUCCAAAAAGUCCCUGCAGAAUGUUUUCCGAGACAGAAGAUGCCAUCCAAAGAUGGCCAUGGUAAUUGAUGACCGACUUAAUGUUUGGGAUGAUAAAGAUCAACACAGAGUUCAUGUCGUCCCUGCAUAUAUUCCAUACUAUGCUCCACAAGCGGAGAUGGCCAAUGCUGUUCCAGUUCUAUGUGUUGCAAGGAAUGUUGCUUGCAAUGUUCGUGGUGGGUUUUUCAGAGAGUUUGAUGAGAAUCUAUUGAGGAAAGUGUUCGAACUAUACUAUGAAAAUGGGUUAUUGGAUCUUCCAUAUGCUCCAGAUGUUGGUGACUAUUUAGUCUGCGAGGAUACCAGUUUUGUACCAGGCAACAAAGAUCAGGCUCCUAUACCUGAGGGCAUGAGGGGAACUGAAGUAGAGAAGAGAUUAAAUGGGCAGUCAUAUCGGUGGGAGCAAAGGGAAGGACAACAAAUGCCAUCUUCAAUCCGUUCACCAGAUGACGAGGGAAUGCCUAUCCGAGGUACUGGAGGAGUUAGGAAUAUCCAGCCAAAUGGGGGCUCGCUAGCAAUAACCCCCUCGGUAUAUGUCACAGUGUUGCAAGAAAUUGGGCGGCUGUGCGACUCCAAGGUGGAAUUUAGAUCUACUGUAAGCAGUGUCAGAAGUAUGCUAUUUUCUGUAGAGGUUCUGUUUAAUAAUGAAAAAAUUGGAAUAGGCGUCGGAAAAACAAGAGAUGAAGCUCAAGUUCAAGCUGCUGAGAAAGCUCUCCAAAAUUUGGAGAACAGUUAUUUGUCAUCUGGUGCUCCAGUUGCUGGAGUUCCUAAGAAAGAUUCAAGGAAGUCCCCUGGGAGGAGUGGUAAUGGCUUUCUGGAGGAUGCUACUUGUUCAGAUAACGAUAUCUCUAUGCGAGAACCUUCUGGAAGUGCAUUGAAAUUGGAUCAUUCAAAUAAUGUGGAUACAUUGUCGUCUAUUAUGAGUCUUAUUAGAGAACAUUGCUUGGAGGACCAACAUGUAGUAUUUCGAGAUGAAGUCCAGAAUUCUAGCCCAGCCAGGAAUGAAGAAUAUCAUUUCCAGGUUGAACUAGCAGGAUUGAUUCUCGGGAGGGGCGUUGGUUCGGACAGAGAGGCCGCGAAGCUUCUGGCUGCAGAAGAGGCACUGAAGACCUUGAAAUCAACCACUGACCCACAAAUUAAGAAGUAUCUGAGACCUGUAAGAUGCAAUGGCUGAUUCCCUUCCACGUUCUGAGCUCCGCAACCAAAUGAGCUUUAGCUCAUUUCACCGUUACAGAUGUCAUUGAUUUAGCAGAAGUGCAUCACCCUUUCUGUGAGUAUGGUUGACAUCUCACCUCGAGCACAUGAUGUGUGCCAAACACAUGUCUUGUUCUGGAAAUCCUGGCUUUGAAGGUGGUAACAUAGAGAGCGGACAUGGUGCUUUAUGCAUUCUUUUGACCAUCAUACAAGUAUAGAUGUUAUGUCUUGUUUAGGAUAGUGGCAUAGUUGGCUGUAAACAAGCAGGAGAGUAGAUGCGGAUCUAAAAUUCUUGUUUUGAAGGUUAUGCUGACUCAUUAACAGUUAUGGAUCGUUAAAAAUUGAAUGCCUGUACCAGUUGUCAUGUUUACAUGUCUGUUAUAAAGUGCUAAAUCCUUUACAAACUUAUUUCAACUACAAAUAAAUUCAAGUGCUCGUAUUUGUUGAGUUAUA